AUGAUGUAUCACCGAGUAACAAUGAUCAUAAGGAAAAUUCCUUUCAAUGUAAUAAUCACUGCAAUCAACGAAUCGGAAGAUCUACGUCCCUACGUUGGUUUCGACGACAAUUUUCAAUACAAUUGGUUCGUUUUAGGACAUGAACCCAAACCUACGACUCCAUCUGCAUAUGAUCUUAAUGAAUCCGGAGAAACUACACUUGCGUCUAUUCCAAGUCCUAAGGUUCCAGGAAACUCUGUUAUAACGUGCAGGAAAAAGGUUUCUAAGUACUCAACCGACAAAAUCGAAAUACAAAUAUCAAUGUUUCCAAACAUUCCAGGUUUUAAUAUUUUUAAUCAUUUGUUCACUCUACGUGGAUUCAAACCUAUACUUUAUCACAAGCCAGAUUCGAUAAAGGAAAUAGAAGAUGUAUUCCACAAAAUUAAUAUACCGGACGAACAAAACAAGUGCAUAAUCUUUUAGAAAGAUAUUACAGUAUAUUCGUUCGGAACUAAACAUUUCAUGGACUACUGUGAUGUAUACAGGCUCACACUAUUUCAUGGUGAGAAAGUCAAUGCUUUUCCUGUUUAUAUUUAUAAAGGUAA